AUUUGUUGCUUUUCCCUUGCUGCUUUUAAUAUUUUUUCUUUGAAUUUAAUUUUUGAUAGUUUGAUUAAUAUGUCUUGGCAUGUUUCUCCUUGGAUUAAUCCUGUAUGGGACUCUCUGCACUUCCUGGACUUGAUUGACUAUUUCCUUUCCCGUAUUAGGGAAGUUUUCAACUAUCAUCUCUUCAAAUAUUUUCUCAGUCCCUUUCUUUUUCUCUUCUUCUUCUGGGACCCCUACAAUUUGAAUGUUGGUGCAUUUAAUGUUGUCCCAGAGGUCUCUGAGACUGUCCUCAAUUCUUUUCAUUCUUUUUUCUUUAUUCUGCUCUGCGGUAGUUAUUUCCACUAUUUUAUCUUCCAGGUCACUUAUCCGUUCUUCUGCCUCAGUUAUUCUGCUACUGAUUCCUUCUAGAGAAUUUUUAAUUUCAUUUAUUGUGUUGUCCAUCACUGUUUGUUCGCUCUUUAGUUCUUCUAGGUCCUUGUUAAAUGUUUCUUGUAUUUUCCCCAUUCUAUUUCCGAGAUUUUGGAUCGUCUUUACUAUCAUUACUCUGAAUUCUUUUUUCAGUUUAGACUGCCCAUUUCCUCUUCAUUUGUUUGGUCUGGUGGGUUUUUACUUUGCUGCUUCAUCUGCUGUGUAUUUCUCUGUCUUCUCAUUUUGCUUAACUUACUGUGUUUGGGGUCUCCUUUUCGCAGGCUGUAGGUUCAUAGUUCCCUGUGUUUUUGGUGUCUGCCCCCAGUGGGUGAGGUUGGUUCAGUGGGUUGUGUAGGCUUCUUGGUGGAGGGGACUGGUGCCUGUGUUCUGGUGUGUGAGGCUGGAUGUUGUCUUUCUGGUGGGCAGGACCGUGUCCAGUGGUGUGUUUUGGGGUGUCUGUGGACUUAUUAUAAUUUUAGGCAGCCUCUCUGCCUAUGGGUGGGGUUGUGUUCCUGUCUUGCUAGUUGUUUGGCAUGGUGUGUGCAGCACUGGAGCGUGCUGGUCAUUGAGUGGAGCUGGGUCUUAGCGUUGAAGUGGAGAUCUCUGGGAAAGUUCUCACCUACUGAUAUUAUGUGUGUCCGGGAGGUGUCUGGUGGUCCAAUGUCCUGAACUCAGCUCUCCCCACUCAGAGGCUCAGGCCUGACACCCGGCUGGAGCACCAAGACCCUGUCAGCCACACGGCCAGUACCUGUGUUGAAUAGGAGUGGUGAGAAGGAACAUCUUCGCCUUGUUCCCGAUCUUAGAGGAAAAGCAUUCAAUCUUUUACCAAAGAAGAAGGAGGAGGAGAAAAAGAAGAAAGAAAAGAAAUAAUCAACAAGGAGGGGGCAAGACGGGGCUUCUGGAGUCCUGGUGAUGUUCUGUUUCUUGAUCUGGGUGUUGGUUACAAGGUAUGUUCACUUUUUGAAAAACUAAUCAAACCAUUCAUUUAUGCUUUAUGCACAUUUCUAUAUGAAUGUUAUAUCCCAGUAACAAAAUUUACUAAAAAGAAGAAAAAAUCAGCCAAGGUAGGGACACCAUUUCUUUCCAAGUAAUAAAAAGUUAUUACCUUCCUGUUUAUUAUUUUGUAUAAUCACAUUGCCCUGCCAAUUUAGUUUCAUGACGUUAGGUGUUCAGGUUUUGCGUGUCUUAAUACAGAAAGGAUUAUAAAAAGAUACAUUUAGCUACUCACACAAGUGCUAUAAGAAUGUCAGCGGAAGCAAUUGUUUCUUAAUUAUUCAUUGCAAUUAUCAACAUGGACAAUAUUCAACUUGCAACCAAAAUAAAUAGAUGUUUUAAGAGACCUUGGUGGAACAAUCAAAUCAUCAGUCUCAAAAAGUAACCCCAUCUCUCAGCCCAGUUCUCCAACUGCCUGCCAGAGUUUCAAUUCUAUAUUUAUCUCUUCAAAUCAGCAGUAUAGCAAUUCGUUAUUAUAAUAAGAGUUACCGAUUUAUUGUGUGCCGACUUUAUGCCAGGCCCUGCAUUAUCAGAGUUUUUCAUACUUUAAUUGCCUCACUUCAUUUUCACAACAACCCUGCCACAGAGUUGUUUUAUUCUACUUUAUAGUAGAGGAAACUGAGGCAGAGGGGUCCAGGCCCACAUUGCUGGUGAGUGACAGAGCCAGAGAGCCAGCUGGAGUCCCACCCAGUGUGCUUUGCUCUGUCUGGGACCUGACGUCAGUAACAGGAAAUAAGUGGCACGUGUAGAAUUCUGAAUCCCAAAACAUGGCUCUUUACACGGUUACUAUAGUUACUUCUCUACAUCAUGCUCUUGUUUUUUGCCAGGAUAACAAUGGAUCCACUAUUAGCCAUUGAGGUGUUGAACCUCCACCAUCAUCAUGAAACCUGAGGACAUUUCAGUAGGUUUAAAAUAGUGUUCCUGCCUUUUAAUCAGACCUUUUAUUUCAGAAGCCCCUGGGAUAUUAACAGGGGCUUUGUACUAUGGAAGCUUUGUAUUAUGGAAGCUUUACAAAUAUUGUUAUUUGCACCUUGUAUAAAACAUAGGGGCUUUCUAAAGGUAAUACAGCUGUACUUUAGGCAGAGUCCCACAGGACUCCUUAUAAAAGUGAUGCAUUUGGGUCGGGGGUGGUGUACACAGGUGCUCCCUCAAUGCAUUGCGGGAGGGAGAGGGCAUCCAGGCAGAAGACGUGUGGAAAGAGAGGACUUGGAUGUAUUAGGAAGAAGAGACUCAGCCUGAGAGGGACAGGACAGAGGGGACAGGAGCUGUGCUUUUCAAGUGAAUAAGUCUCUUGCUAAACUAGCAAACCCAUGCGGAGGAAGUGGUUUGGAUUAGGAAUGGGGCAGGAGGACAACCAAGGCCUGAAAUGUGUUAUUAACAAGCAUUUAGAGCACUGAGCUGUCAGGGAGAAUAAGAACUCAGAAUCUGGAGUUGUCUUGCCUCCUGUGUGCCAGCUGGCCGUGCUAUGGUCAGGCAGCUUUAUUCCCUUUUGGCAUUUAUGGACUCUCAAGGCCUGUGAACUUCGCAGAUAUGGCACACUAAGAGACACUCAGGACUAAAGACAGAAGCCAGAUCUUCUGAUCCCUUUAAUUACAGAGUCAUAAUGGUGAAGAGGAUGGUGACAUCCAAGGACGACCACAGGGCCUCUCACCACUGGUGAGAACCAGAUUCCUUCCCCUGGUUCUGUAGCUCCCAGCAGAGUUUUGGAAGCUGAUUAAAGAGAAAAUCAGUAAUAAUAGGUAAUUAGAAACCUUAUAAAGAGGAAAAAUGCUCUCAUCAAAUUUACCAAAGCACCUGCAUGGCUGGAAGUGGGGAAGGCAUUGGAAACCUCGCCGACGGCAAGGGCCACUAAUGCCAGCUGUUGGCCUAGAGGCUGGGGCAAGUGUGCAGAUGGACUGGAGCUGGUCCCCAGGGGUGGAGGGGGGAGACUGUUUAGAAGCGUAUUUCCCAGUCAGCAGCCAGUGGGUAAAAGGCUAAGGAAAGCCUUUUACCAGCCCCAAGAGAACCUCAGCUGGUGAAACCAGUGGCACAAUGACCAAAGGCGACUGAGGGGGAGAAAGGGAGAGACACACACACAAAAGAGACAGGACCCACCACCAAGAAAGGCUGAGUUGAGUGGGUUUCUCCACUGGCCAUCCACUUGGCUUUUCAGAAUACCCCAGGAGGGUAGUUGGGAGGAGUUCAGCAAAGUCUUGGGUCCAGAUAAUCCAUGCAGUUAGCUGCUUUCAGGCCCCUUUCCUCUUGGGGUCCCUUGGAACCAUCUGUGUCCAUCUUGGGAGGGGUGGUGGGAGGUAACUGAAUGACCUCAGGUGGCUGAGUGUAGGUUUAGCCCCCAGGUGACCUGCUUGGACUUCGAUAGAGGCGUGAGGGGCUCUAAGUGACAGAGGUGAGGUGGGGUGGGAAGGGGUGCUCCCCGCUGUGGGUAAUCAUCCAAGAGAUUCAUGCUGCUUUGGGGGCCGAGUUUCAUUUGCUGGUUCCUUUUCCUAUCUUGUUUACUGUUUUCUCUGUGGUGCUCUUUCAUUUCUCUACUCAGUAAACCAUACUGCCCAGGGUUAUGGCCAGGGUUGUCCCAGGUGAAGCAGGACACCCUGAGUGAAGACUGAGACACAGCCUUCUCUGUCAACAAGGUCACAUUCCAGCUGGUAAUGGACAGUCAUAAAUGGAGUUACUUGCUUUGGGGGACGCCAGCUACCAGGUUGUCAGGAGAGGCUCAUGUGAAGAGGAGCUACUGCACUCUGUGAACAACUACAUGAGUGAGCUUGAAGCAAAUGUUCCUGCCCCAGCCAAGCCUUCAGCUGACUGCAGCCCCAGCUGACAUCUCGACUGCAAGAUCCGCUACCUACCUAAUCUGCUUCCAGAGUCUUGACCUUCAGAAACUGAGAUAAGAAACGUUUGUUGGGCUUCCCUGGUGGUGCAGUGGUUGAGAGUCCGCCUGCCGGUGCAGGGGACACGGGUUCGUGCCCCGGUCCGGGAAGAUCCCACAUGCCGCAGAGCGGCUGGGCCUGUGAGCCAUGGCCGCUGAGCCUGUGCGUCUGGAGCCUGUGCUCCACAACGGGAGAGGCCACAACAGUGGGAGGCCUGCAUACCGCAAAAAAAAAAAAAAAAAAGAAAUGUUUGUUGGUGGACUUCCCUGGUGGCGCAGUGGUUAAGAAUCUGCCUGCCAAUGCAGGGGACACAGGUUCGAUCCCUGGUCCAGGAAGAUCCCACAUGUCACGGAGCAACUAAGCCCGUGUGCCACAACUACUGAGCCUGAGUGCCACAACUACUGAAGCCCGUGUGCCUAGAGCCCGUGCUCCACAACGAGAAGCCACCACAAUGAGAAGCCCGAGCACUUAACAAAGAGUAGCCUCUGCUCGCCACAACUAGAGAAAGCCCGCGUGCAGCCAAAAACAAAAACAAAAACAAAAAACAAAAAAAAGAAACGUUUGUUGGGAAUUCCCUGGCGGUCCAGUGGUUAGGACUUGGCACUUCCACUGCCUGGGACUGGGUUCAAUCCCUUGUCGGGGAACUAAGAUCCCGCAAGCUGCGUGGUGCAGCCAAAAAAGAAAGAAAGGUUUGUUGUUUUAAGCCCCUAAAUUUUGGGACAACUUAUGAUGCAGCAAUAGAGGACUGAUCCAGAGUAUAAAAGCACUUAGCAUAGUGCCUGGCACAUAGUAGGGGCUUUAGGAAAUGCAGCAUCUGUAGGUCUGGAGUUAUGGAUUUGGGAAUCUUUUGGGAAUCUUUGGGCUUAGAGACAAGAAUGGAAUCCACAGAGGUGGCUGAGCCAGUCCACAGGGAGGAGUACAUGGAGAAGAGAGUAUGGCCUUGGCCGGAAACCUGGGCUUAAGGAGUGGGUAAAGCAAGAGGAGGAGCAUCUCUAUGAGUCUAAGAGGAAGGAGGAAAACUAGAACAGGGCUCGGGGAAGAGGUUGUCCCUAGGAGAGUGUGGUCAGUGACAUCACUGCAGGGAGGCCUGAGAGGAGAUCUGAGGAGUGUCUUUUGGAUUCAGCAACAAUGAGUUUUCUGGUGGCCCCACAAGAGCUGUGCAGGUGGAGAAGUGGGCCCUAAGGUCAGAUUGAAAGCUGUAUAUAAGUAUAUAAGGGUAAACACUUUCCACCCCUAAGCCCCAAACCAAGAUGGUUUACAGGAGAAUCCUAUAGAAAAUCCAAACCACAGAAAAACCCCAAUUUUUUUUUUUUUUUUUUUUUUUUUUGCGGUACGCAGGCCUCUCACUGUUGUGGUCUCUCCCGUUGCGGAGCACAGGCUCUGGAUGUGCAGGCUCAGCGGCCAUGGCUCACGGGCCCAGCUGCUCCGGGGUAUGUGGGAUCUUCCCGGACCGGGGCACGAACCCGUGUCCCCUGCAUUGGCAGGCGUACUCUCAACAACUGCGCCACCAGGGAAGCCCCAAAAACCCCAAUCUUAUAGAAGCUGCUCUAGUGAGUAGACACUGAUUUCUUAAUUUAUUUUUUAAAAAUUAUUUAUUUAGUUAUUUGGCUGCCUCGGGUCUUAGUUGCGGCACACAGGAUCUUUGUUGCAGUAAGUGGAUCUUUCAUUGUGGCACGCGGGCUCUAGAGCGCUCGGGCUCAGUAGUUGUGGUGCAUGGGCUUAGCUGCCCUGCAGCAUGUGGGAUCUUAGUUCCCCAACCAGGGAUUGAACCCCACGUCCCCUGCAUUGGAAGGUGGAUUCUUAACCACUGGAUCACCAGGGAAGUCCCCCCUUAACUUAUUUUAUGAGGCUCAUGUAACUUUGAUAGCAAAAUCAGACAAAGACAGAAUAAGAUAGGAAAAUAGUAGGCAUAUCUCAUUCAUAGAUGUGGACACAAAAACUCUAAAUUAUUAGCAAAUGAAAUCCAGCACUAUAUUGGGAAAAAAAGCACAUCAUCAAGGAAUGCAUGGAGAGUUUAAUAUAGUAAAAUCCAUGGUGUAAUUAAUUACAUUGGGGGGAAAAUCUCACAUUUGAUAAAAUUCAACACCCAUUCAUAAUAAAGCAGAAUGGUACAUCCUUACGUUGAUACAGGGUAUCUACCAAAAAUCUACAACAAACACCAUAUUUAAUGGUGCCAUAUUAGAAGCAGUCAAGAACAAGAUAGAAAUGUCACUAUCAUCAUUGUUACUCAACAUUGUGCUGGAGAUUUUAGUCAGUGCAGUAAAAUAAGGAAAAUGAAAUAAAGACUGGACAGGAAGAUACCAAAUGUUAUUACUUACAGACUCUAUAACUACUUACAUAGAAAAUUCAAGAAAGCCUGUAAACUUCCUAGAACUAAAUUAGAACUAAAAAAGUUUGCUGGGUAUAAGAUUAUUAUAUAAUACGAACUACAUUUCAAUAACCAUCAGUAGCUUAUAAAAUACAAAUUUGAAAAUAUAAUUUACAAUAGUAUUAAAAACUUUGAGAUGUGUAGGAAUUGUUCUGAGAAAACCACUGACAAAAUUAAUUCCUCUCAGUUUUUAGUUGAGGAAAUAGAAGCCCCGAGAGGAGAAAUGACCCCUCCAAGGACACCAGUAAGCCAGGGGCAAUUUUGGAUUUUCAGUGGCACCAAAUCCUGGAGAUCUGUGUUGGGUAAUUUCAGCAUUACCUAUCUUUUGUAAAAAAUAAAACUCAUAUUUUUCUGAUUAUAAAUUCAGCAUCCAUGCAUUCUAGAAAAUAUAGAAAAUUCAGAAGAACAUUUGGAACUGGUUAAGUCACUAAUAUUCCCAUCCUACUCCCUAGAACCAGGAUCAAUGAUUUCGUGUAUUUCCUUCAAAAUUUUUGCCUGUGUAUAUUUACAUUUUUAAAAAUAAAAUUAGGAUUAUACCAUGUAUACCAUUUUGUGCACUGCUUAUUUUCACACACAUUUCCCUGUAUCCUCACCUAGUCUUUUUGAAUAUGAUAAUGUAGCAUUCAGUUAUGUUGGUGAAGCAUAUGCCAUUUAUUUAACCUGUUGAGUUUUCAGAGAAAAACCAAGUAGCAGAUAUGACUGUGAUGAUCCUGCAGAUAAAAGUUAAACCCCAGAGGCAGCUCACGCAAUCGCAGCCAUGAAGCGCAGUUUCCCUGGAACCUGGGCUCCCCGAGACGCAGCACUGGAGCAGAUGGAUAAUGGAGACUGGGGCUAUAUGAUGACUGACCCAGUCACGUUAAAUGUAGGUGGACACUUGUACACAACGUCUCUCACCACACUGACGCGUUACCCGGAUUCCAUGCUUGGAGCUAUGUUUGGGGGGGACUUCCCCACAGCUCGAGACCCUCAAGGCAAUUACUUCAUUGAUCGAGAUGGACCUCUUUUCCGAUAUGUCCUCAACUUCUUGAGAACUUCAGAGUUGACCUUACCCCUGGAUUUUAAGGAAUUUGAUCUGCUUCGGAAAGAAGCAGAUUUUUAUCAGAUUGAGCCCUUGAUUCAGUGUCUCAAUGACCCCAAGCCUUUGUAUCCUAUGGAUACUUUUGAAGAAGUUGUGGAGUUAUCUAGUACUCGGAAGCUUUCUAAGUACUCCAAUCCAGUAGCUGUCAUCAUAACCCAAUUAACCAUCACCACCAAGGUCCAUUCCUUACUAGAAGGUAUAUCAAACUAUUUUACAAAGUGGAAUAAGCAUAUGAUGGACACCAGAGAUUGCCAGGUUUCCUUUACUUUUGGACCCUGUGAUUAUCACCAGGAAGUUUCUCUCCGAGUCCACCUGAUGGAAUACAUUACAAAACAAGGUUUCACAAUCCGAAACACCCGAGUGCAUCACAUGAGUGAGCGGGCCAACGAGAACACAGUGGAGCACAACUGGACUUUCUGCAGGCUGGCCCGGAAGACAGAUGACUGACCUCCAGCACUGGGAGAAGUUCCUGGAAAUGGACUCUCCAGGAGAUCGAAGAGGCUGAUUUUUUUUUUUUUUUUAAAAUCACAGUGUGAGAUUUUUUUUUUUUUAAUAUUUGUAUUUAUUUGAAGGCACUGGGGACCAGAAGGAAGGAAGUUUUGUGCUUCAGCAGACUCCUCUAUGUUUUGUUCCCUUCACCCUGAGUAUGCAUGUGCCUGUUCAGAGCCUCCAGAUACCUUUUUUAUAAAAAGAAGUCUGAAAAUCAUUAUGGUAUAUAAUCUACCCUUAACAGAGCUUUUUUUUAUUACAGUGCUAAAAUGAUUUCUGAUUAAAUAGUCCCUAACUCAACUAGAAGGCUAAAAAUGAAGGAAUGAAAGAAUAAACAGAGUACUCAUGACGCCUUUGGGAAAAAUCAAAACAUCAUGUAGGGUGACCUAGCUUUCAAACCAAUAAGCAGUAUUAUAAUAUUAAAGGAAAACUGUUCCAGUCAUUUAAAAGUACUUGUUAAGUACUGCUUUUUACAGUUAUGACAACUGUUUCUUUCUAUGCAUAUAAAUCAAGCAACCAAAUAUCUGUAGCCAUGGAAAUGUCUGACUAGAAAUAUUUAUAUUGGCUUCUGAAUACAAAAUGUCCCUGUGGUAGAAAUCUUACUUCUUAUGCCUGGUGCAGUAUAAUUCCCAAGUGUACUGUCUACCAGAAUAAAUAAAUAAAUAAAUAAAUGAAAUAUGAAAAUUA